AAAGAUGCUUCCCUUUUAUUUGCGUGCAGAUUAAAAAACAAAGUAUAAUCAUCAUGUCCCUAUACACACAGUCGAAUAUUAUUCUGAUAGUUGGGCGCAACAAUCUCUAUAAAAGAUAUUAUGAUAGUUUCGCCCAACUACCGAGCCAUAAAAAAAAAAAAGAAGAAGAAGAGAGAUUUUAGUUUCUCUAUUUUGUUGCAUUAAUGGAGAACGGGAACGUUGUCUCCGGUGAUAAGCCGACGGUGAUGGUGACCAACGACGACGGAAUUGAUGCACCUGGUUUGAGAGCUCUUGUUCGUGCCCUCGUCUCCACCAAUCUCAUCCAUGUCCUCGUUUUUGCUCCUGACUCUGAAAGAUCGGCUGCUAGUCAUUGUGUUUCAUGGCAACGCGCAGUUACUGUUAAGAAAGUUGAUGUCCCUGGCGCCACAGCUUUUGCAGUUUCUGGAACUCCAGCAGACUCAACUUCCCUAGGGAUCUCCAAAAAGAUCUUUCCUUCAGUACCUGAUCUGGUUGUCAGUGGCAUUAAUUUAGGCUGCAACUGUGGUUAUGACAUUGUUUAUUCAGGGACAGUGGGUGGUGCACGAGAGGCUUUCUUCCAUGGCAUUCCUUCCGUCGCUGUAUCAUAUGAUUGCUAUAAUAUGGUUGGUCGAAAACUCAAUGUUGAUGAUUUCACAUUGUGUGCUGAAGCUUCCAUACCCAUCAUCACUGCUAUGUUGGCUGAGAUUUCUAAAAAGACUUAUCCUCAGAAUUGCUUUCUAAAUAUAAAUGUACCAAGAGAAGUUGCCAACAACAAGGGCUAUCGGCUGACUAAGCAGGGGAAAUGUUUUUACAAAAUGGGAUGGACACAAGUUACUUCUGAAGCACAAGAAGGUACAAUAUCACCAGCAAAAGUAAUGGAGAUUAAACCACCAGGAAAUACAGAAGUAUGUUCAGAAGAGAGCUCAUUAAGCACCAAAGAAGAACAUCUAGUGUUUAAGUUAGACACUGCGGAAACACCAGCAGUGGAUAAUGACGAUACUGAUUACUCAUCCCUUGAAGCAGGAUAUAUUACUGUUACUCCCCUUUCCGCCUUAUCUCCUGCAGAGAUAGAUAGUGUUGCAUUCUUCAAAAAAUGGCUUCCUGGUGUCUCAUAACAAGCUCUGCUGUGGCAUCACAUAUGUAGCAUUAGUCAUGGCAAUUGGGAUUUGAUGCUUAUCUCCAUCAUCCUUCCGGUGAUCUAACGCUGAUGGUUCUCAUGAAUUAGUGUUAGUUAUAGUGAAUAGUAAGGAACUACGAGGCAAUUCUAUAUUAUUAGUAAUUUCUUUAGUUAUAUUUGUGCGGAGGGAAUGGGGAGGGAAUUACAAGAUUGCGAAUGAAGUUCACCACCAAACUGAAAAUUGAGGUAGUCACUCCUGUCCAAAAUAAGUGAAGCUUUGGGGGUGUGCACCAUUUCAUAUUACUCUUUUUUUUUCUUUCAAUUUUUAAAUAGUCAGUGUUGGAUCUGAAUAACCCAUUAAAGAAUGGUAACUUUGGGAAAAGUUAAUUAAUAACCUUUUUAGACUUUGAAAAAUUCAUCUAUUUUGAAAGAAAUUCAGAAUUAGAGGAAGUGAGAAAAGAACACAUAAAUCACACGAUGUAUGCAUUUAUUUUCCUUGGAAUAUAUAGACUAUUGUUUAACUGAUAAAAUAUCAAAAGCUUUUUAAUCA